AUGUUUCCAGAACUUAGUCAGCCUAAAACAUACGAUAAACUAUUACCAAAGCUUUCACUGGCAAUGCAUAAAAUGUGUCAGUCUCAUAUAGUCCAGGAAAAAGAAUCAAAAUCAGAUGAAUGGUUUUCAUCAUUGCAAUACUUGCAUUGUAAUAUAAAUGAUCUAUUGAUUACUAAUUUCUUUUUAGAUAGCAUGAGUAAAUUCAGAGGAGUAAAUGAUACAACAAUUAAUGCUCUGAGAUGGAAAGCUAAUAAGCCUUCUGACUUUGCUAUAAAGGGUAAUUCCAAACAUAUAUUCGAAUCAUUAGGAUGGUAUACAGAUAUGCUAAUUAGUGUAAAGGACAAAGAUGAUAAGAUUGUUACAGCUACUGAAAAUUUUGCUUGUAUUAAUAAUGAGGUUAAUAAAUCAGAGCAACAAGUUUCAGAUAUGUAUGAUGAACUUAAAAACCAGCUUGUUUGUGCAAAUCAAGAUCAAGAAAUUGGAAUAGAGUGUGGCAAUCAACUUUUUAAUAAAUGCUCUGUCUUGGAUAAAGACAAUAAGUAUAUACAACAUGAUCUAAAACAAUCCAAUAAAGAUAAAGAGAAACUCUCCAAGUACACUUUUCAGCUUAUAGAUAAGGUUAAACGAUUGUGCUCAGAGUUAGAUAAUCUAACAUUCCAAAUUACUUGCAAAGAUAUUUCUCUUAAAGAAUCUAAGAUUAAGAUAAAAGAUCUCCUCACUCGGUCUAUGAAAAAAAUACUAGAAAGUAAGUUAGAAUUAGCUCAAAAGGAUGCAUUCUCAACUCAGAAAGAGAUAUGUUUAGAUGCUUUAUGUUCUGCUUCACAGAAAACAAAGAAUAUAUUAGAUCCUGUAAUUAGAAAAGGUACAGAAAAAAAUAUGCAAAAUAUAGAUAAAGCUAAUAAACAUGUUGUAUCUCAUUGUCAAUUUCAUUUAGCUAGUCCAACAUGGCCCUUUAGAAUGAUAGUUACAGGAAAAAGUAGAUCAGGUGAUAGAAGAUAUAUUUCUUGUGAUAAUUUAAUAGUUUGUGGUUAUCAUCCUGAUGAGCCAAAAUGGGCAUUUGUUAGAUAUAUGUAUAGCAUAAUUUCAAAAGACCCAAAAGCACCUUACUAUGAAAAUAUACGAUUUAGCUAUAUAUUACCAGAAAAAAUCCCUAGUGUAAAAGCAUUUUCAUCUAAACAAAUACUUUUUAAUUCUGGUAGUUCAUAUGAAGAUGUUUCUAAAAUUAUUUGUAGAUAUACAGAUGACGUAAAAAAUGCAUCAAUAGUUAUUAACUGCUACUUAUACAAAGGCAAAUUUAUUGUAUUUAAUCUAGAUAGGCCUGAGGAUAAUCCACUUGCAAUUCGGCUAAGGUUUGAUAUUCUACUAGAUUUGCAAAAAGAGAUAGAGUUACAGCAAAAGUGCAAGAUAAAAAACAUAUUACUUGCUAAACCCACUUUAUAG